AUGGAGGUGGGAUCGAGAUAUGAGCGAUUAUUCGCCUGGGCGAGGAGCAAUGGAGGCUUCAUUCACUCCGAUUUGAAGCUGGUCCAGACAGAUGACCGCGGGGUGGAGUGCACUGUUGACGAUGAGAGUGGCGGCAUAGAUCGCCAUGAGGUUUUCAUGCGAGUCCACUACCGUCUAUCCCUUUCCUACUGGAACGCCGUCUCGGCGGGCAAGGAGUCCGACUCAUACUAUCAGCCUCACUCGAGAUCUCUGCCAAAGGAGCUUUUGGAAAGCUCGGCGGACCAUGAGACUGUAAGUGCCUUAUUUCUGGUACAGCAGUAUCUCUUGGGCGAGGAGUCUUUCUGGCAUCCGUACAUCCAAAUAUUGCCACAGCCUCGUGAUGCCUGUGAUCCGGCGAUACCCCUACUAUGGUCCAAAGAAGAUCUGCGCUGGCUGUCCGGCACCUACCUGGAGGAAGAAGUCGUGAAGAAGCGGAAGGAUCUGGAGUCUCGUUGGUCGGAAGCUGUGAAUUUGAUGUCUAGAGACGGCUCAGACAUUUCCACAUACACAUUUGACCUGUUCCUUUGGGCCCACUACAUAUUCGUGACGAGAUCUUUUUCGACCUUGGCAAUAGAAGGUGACUCUGCGGCUAUCAAAGACGAGUACCAGAUCAUCUUCAAGUCUGGCGCAUGCAUCGAUGAUGUUCCAAAAGUUCUGAUGCCUGUGCUAGAUCUACUGAAUCACGAUCAGCGUGCUGGCAUGGGCUACGACUUCAAGGACACGGGCCUGGGACUCAGAAAAGCGACGGCCCUCAAGCCCGGCGAGGGUAUUGGUAACCCUUACGACAAAGAUACGCAACGAUACAACAACACCUCUUUACUGAAGGACUUCGGAUUCAUCCUUUCUGAUAACGAAUUUCCAGAGGCAGUAUUACCACUGCCUUUCGACAUCGCUCAGCCUGCACACCCAUCUCACGCUAUCUUCAGCACAUCGUCCACGUCCGACGAAUACUAUGCAUCCAGCGAAGAGAUUCGACUUGCCUUCGUCACGGUUCGAGCGCCAUGUCGUCACCCUCUCGGGCUGAUGAAUCCGUCUCACGAAGCACGCGCACUCAGGCACUUCCAUCCUAAACUGGUUUCCAUGGUAUCCUUCAAAGUUGCUACGCUGAUAGAGCGAGCGGCGCUGAGAAAUGACCCCUACACUAUGCCAUCACGCCGUAAUCAGCAGGCCACCAUCGACUUUCUUGAAACCCACGCUCGCAAGAUUUUACAUGACCUGAGGGCAGCAGUCGAUGGCCUCGAGCCUACCAACUACAGGCAGGCAAUCACUCAGAAAUAUAGACUCGAACAAGCUACGAUUCUCGAGGAUGUGUUGAGGGAUAUGGCAGUCCCGUCAGAUCUCUUCUUCGUUGGAGACGACCAGUAG